AUGGACAUUUCUGUUUUGCCUAACAACAACCACCCAGAGAAAUUCCUCCAGCUGGAUAUUAGAAUGCUGCCAGCUGCACACAGUGUGUUCCAGGUUGGGGCAGUAAUGUCCAGUCAGAAACAAUGGCAGAACAGGAUUUACUCUCAGAGGGAGCCAAGGGUAAAGACUGAAAGCAGGUCUGCCCCAUACCCAGAGGACAGUCCUGCAAUGUUUGUAGACAGAUACCUGGAGAAGCACAUCACUCCAGCCACUCUGAAGUCAAAUAUUAAACGGAACCCUCUGUACAUCGAGGUAAAAUCAGUGGAUGCAGGAGACAAUGAAACAUCACACCCUUCCUGGACUGUCAAGGACUAUACUCACACAAACCAUGGCAACCUUUCAGACUAUUUACAGGAGGAGGACAAGACUCCUAAAGAUCUGGAUUUCUGGCUUGAGGAGCUCUACACACCAGGAUUUGAUUCUUUAUUAAAGCGGAAAGAAGCAGAAGAAAGAAGAAGAAUUUGCAAGAUUCUCUCUUCAAUCACCGUGUCUGUUUUUGCACUUAUUAUUAUUAUUAUUGUACUAGUUAUAGUUCUACAAAAGAACACCUGA